ACGCGUUCCUAUUCACAUACUAAGUGCAAAAUGUGCAACCUACUAAAGUCCGGUUGGAAAUCAUGGGUAGCAUUACUUGGCUACCUAAUAAUACAAGCGUCGGCAUAUCCUAUGCAAGGUUGGCCGAUGUAUCCACAAACGCCCCGAGAGUAUCAGGACGAUGAUUAUUACUAUGCACCCAAAGUACAAUAUUAUUACGAUGCGCCUGCAAUGAACACUCCCGAAGUUUAUGGACAAAUACCUUAUUCUUACUACUACGACCCAUACCCCAACUUCGCCAAUGAAGCACCGGAGAGACAGGAUGAAAGAUUAGCAUCACUUCCCAUUGGACAGGAGACGUGGUUCGAAAGCGAUAGCAGCCCACGUUGGCGAUCGAGCGACAUGGAUGACGUCAAUGCAGCCUUCUUGGAUAAUUUAAUUCUAACACAAAUGGCUCAAGACGCUCAAAGACGUCGUGAAAAUGCUCGAGCUGCUUUCUCUAACGUUGACUAUGAGGAUAAGGACAACGAAGAUGAAGAUGUGAGAGAACUUAAAGCUCUAGCUGGCAAACCACUUUACCAUGUCCCUAAAACAGCACCGAAAUACGAAGACGAUGACUAUCCAGCUGAUGAUGGCUUUAUCAACUGGAAUGGAAACAAAAGGAGCGUCACAACUAGCCGACCCCCUACUACGGAAGAAUCCAAUGUUGGCCAAAAGGAAGUAGCAGUCCCAAGACCAGCGAAAACAAACAACAGAGUCCAUCAGUUUUUGCACGAGAAGAGAAACUCCCCAUACUACCAGACUAUAACGCAAUUGCUGGAAAAUAAAUCACAUAAAGCGACGAAAGGGCGAAGAAUUGAAAAACGUUUCGUGGCGGGGGAUUCCGAUCUGGUGGUGGAGCUUCGAGGCCUAAAACAUCGCAUUUCAACAUAAAUUCACCCAUCUGCUAACCGCCAACAACCAUGAGACUGAAUAUUAACGUAGACUUAUAGAUAUUUAUAGCAACGGCGACCUGAUACAAUCGCGACUUGUGAAAUCAAAACCCAAAAAAAAUUAGAUAACAAUAUAUUCGCCAAACAAUACGACGAAAUACGGUCUAUCUUCCUUGAUUUGUAUAUUCUUAUCGUCCAAUUCUGGAUUGUUUACAAUUACGUAAUUAAGAUAUCUAUUUUCUAUUGAAUUCAUUCAAUCAUAACGUAGUAGGGUCGUAAUUUCUACAAAAUAAUCCGUAUCUAUAUCAAUUCUUUUCGAUUCUUUACUAGAUUUCAUAAUGUGCGUAUGAUAGUAUAGAGUGUGUAAAUGAUCGUACAAAAUGUGACUAUAACUCCAUUAAAUGGAUGGAUUGUUUAGGUAAUAUGCAAUUAUAACUUACUUUUCAAAUAUAAGAAGUUCCCUUCAAACGGCAGCUUUGUGUCGCACAUAUGUGCGUUUGUAAAUAUAAAAUACUAUUAAGAUUUAGAUAGAAAAAUACUCUCUCGAGUUGUAUUGAUAUUCUCUGUGUCACACUAUAAUACUUACGUUAUUACAAUAGUUUUUGUUGUAAAAAUUCAAUAGAGAAAAAUAUUUUACAAUGACGAAAAUUAGGCUUUUGCUUACAAUCCACUUUGUAUAUAAAUGUAUGUAAAAUUAUAUUUUACACUGUGAUUAAGAAAUAAUAUAACUACAUAUUUUUUUUAGUCUAAAAAGACAAUACGAACAUUUGCAAAGCAAAGCCAUAAAAAGCAUGGUAUACUAACUAUCCACUUUUCAUUAUAAGAAUGUUAUUCUCUCAGAGAGCAGAGGAUUGAGUGAUAUUUUAGCUUUACCGCUUCUUGACUAAUAUAUUUUGUAAUAAACAGUAAGUCUUUAAGACUAUUGUUGAAUUUAAAUAAAUAACUUCCUAUAUUUCCACUUAACUUUUGCAUAAAAAUAUUUUCUACGCAUUAAGAUACGCAUGUUCUCGAAACGUAGUAAUA